GACAAUUGUAAAUUUGACAGCGGAGUUACCAAAUUAGUAUGUUUAUCCCAAAUUUUUCCGACAUCAUGUCAAAGAAGUAAGAUGAAACGAAAUAUUGCCAUAACAUUGAUAAGAUAUCGUUUCAUGGCUAGAGAGUUAAGCGGCCACACCCCCCUCAAUUUUCUCAAUUUUAUGUAUCAACGCUGAAAAGCAAACACAUAGUAAUCUGUAAAAUCAAAAUUGUUAUUUAGAGCAGAAAAACUUUUAUUUUUUUCGGUAAAUAAUUCUUAUAAACGUCCAUGGUAAUAAAUAAGGUGUUCUUAGUCAAUUUAUAUGGAAAUAAGAUACGUGUUUUUUUUUUUUUGAAAAAUGUAAAGAUUUUCCACUUUAAUUUGGGUCCAAACGAUGUUCAUUUUGGUUUUGCAGGUUACUACGUGUUUGCUUUACACCGUCGAUAUAUAACGCUACAACAAGUAGCAAAAACAAUGAAAUGUAACAUUUAUUAGAAGUAAGUCUAUAGAAAUAUGUCACAGCCAUCUGGUUACAAUCGAACGAUAAAAAAGUAAAUUAAUUGAAAAAUGUCAGCUAGGAGGUCGCUCUGUUGCGCUUGCUACAGCUUUGUUAACUUAAGUCAUAGGGUUCCGUUCUCAACGGGUAAAAAAGGCACCCCAUUUAUUCUCAAUGUAAAACAAAUAUACCAUGUAUGUAAAUAUAUUGUUAUGUUACUUUUAAUUAGUUAUAGAAAUUGAAGAUGUACAAUACAAUAAAUGUGUAUAUCAAGUCAGUAUUUUAUUGUUUCGUCAAAACACGACUUGCCCGUAAGGGGUUAUCUGAUACAAGCUCCUGAAAAUCGACAAUACUCUUAGAAGUUCAUAUCUGAGAUGGAAUCCAUGUUUCGUCUAUAUCAGUGGUUUCAGUAUAAUUUUUUUAUUUAUUUAAUCUUUAUUGCCGUAUUACUGCAAACGGCGGACUUAAUGCCAUAGGCAUUCUCGAUCAGUCAACCGGAGAAGAUAAGCAGAAAAUUUGUAAGGCAGUGACAGUGAUAGAGAAUUCUGAAUAUAAUUAACAAUCAUACACAUAUUAAAUAAAAUUUAAAAUUUUUACACUAAAAAUUUAAAAAACAACGAAUAAACUGCUUAUUAUUAUUAUUAUGAUGUAAGCCCUACUAAUUAUUCGUAAUUAAUGUCCCCACAGGAUAUAUAUACAUAUACCGCCUGCAUUUAAAAUGACUCUCCAAAUUUUUUCUAGGCAUUAGGUAUUGUUAAUAGAUCACAUAUAUGAAAAAAAAACAGUAUGUAAAAUUUUCAAAAUGAAGUGUAAACUUUUUGUAAUUACAAGAUAAUUAUAACAUUCGCAUUGUCACAUUAGUUAUGAACGAAACGAGCAGGGGUAGCAAGGGGCGCGGGCGCAGGGGAUGCGCCGCGCAUGCGCCGCGCAUGCACCGCCGACGAUAUCUGCUCGGUUUUUUAUUUAGUCGGCAACAUCAGUCACCCGCGCAUAAUCCCUUUGAACGCACGCGCUUCCGCCUUUGCUUCCGUGUUGCGCGCCACCCGCCGCAGCCCCACACUUCGCGCGUCGGAAUGUAUUCCAAUCGCGAAUAUUACGAAAUGGUGCGGUGUUACAUUUUAAGCGGUGAAAGUUUAAAUGCAGCUCGGAGACUAUACGAAACAGAAUCCAUCCCAGCCCUGCAAAAUCAGGGAUUAAUAAACCCCGCAGUACCUAGUCGCGAGACAUUUUUGGCUGUGAACCAAAGGCUAUUGGACUAUGGUCAAUUUACUACGCCUGCUCACGCUCGCGGAGGUGGAAGAUCAAGACUUGCAGUUGAAAUCGAAGAUGAAAUCUUGGAUUUCUUCGAAAGGGACCCGCGAGCCAGUACACGAGAUGCCGCACGCCGAUUUAACGUAAGCCACUAUGCCGUGUGGAAGCUGCUGAAUGUGACAGGGCUACACCCUUACCACUUCCAAAAGGUCCAAGCUCUACACGAUGGAGAUAAUGUGCCCCGUCGCACCUUUUGUGAAUGGCUGAUUGCACACCCUAAUGCCAACAUUUUGUGGACUGACGAAGCAUUGUUUACUCGUGUGGGGCUUUAUAACCAUCAUAACGAACACUGGUGGUCCUUCAGAAAUCCGCAUAUGAUUCGGGAAACCCACCAUCAAGUGCGCUUUAGUGUCAAUGUGUGGGCCGGUGUUAUAGGCACGAAAAUACUGGGGCCGUACUUCAUCGAAGGGCCGCUCACCGGCGGCAACUUCCUCGAUAUGUUGCGGCAUGUCAUUGCCGAUUUCAUGGAGGACUUGCCCGUGGCCUACUUCCGGGAUUUUUAUUUUCAACUGGACGGUGCACCACCCCAUUACGCCGCCGCCGUCCGAGAUCAUCUCACCAUAGAAUAUGGUGAUCGAUGGAUUGGACGCGGAGGCCCCAUCGUGUGGCCUGCUCGAUCGCCGGACCUAACACCGUGCGACUUUUAUUUGUGGGGUGAAAUCAAAAGACGUGUGUAUUUUGAAGAAGCACAAAGCCUCGAGGACUUAAAAGUGCAAAUUAGUGCGGCAUUUGACCACGUGAAAAAUGACACUGUAGUGCUCGCCAAAUUAAAAGACAAUGUGCAAAAACGUGCAAGACUCUGUGUGGAGAGGAACGGUAUGCACUUUGAACAAUUAUUAAAGUAUACGUAG